AUGUCUGCUCCAGUCGUGGACCUUGUUGCGCCAAAUGGCGCCAAAAUCGCACUUCCAACCGGUCUUUUCAUCAACAAUGAAUUUGUCAAGUCACAAUCCAAUGGCAAAAUCGUGAGCAUUAGCCCCAGCGAUGAAUCAGAGAUUACAUCAGUGGAAGCUGCCGGCCCCGAAGACGUGGACCGGGCCGUCAAGGCCGCCCGCGCCGCUCUUACUUCCCCCGAAUGGGGAGGCAUCUCAAACACUGAGCGCGGUGCUCUCAUGUACAAGCUUGGAGACCUUGUGGAAGCUCACAAGGACACACUUGCUACCCUCGAGACUUGGGAUAAUGGAAAGCCCUUCACCGUUGCUAGAGAUGACGAUCUUGGCGAGGCUGUUGCUGUGCUUCGCUACUAUGCUGGCUGGGCUGAUAAAAUUCACGGCUUAACAAUACCCACAACACCUCAAAAGUUUGCUUAUACGCUCAAGCAACCAAUUGGCGUAUGCGGGCAAAUCAUUCCUUGGAACUUCCCUAUCAUGAUGGCAGCUUGGAAGUUGGGUCCUGCUCUCGCUUGCGGUAAUACAAUCGUUCUAAAGCCCGCUGAGCAGACACCUAUUUCCAUUCUCUAUUUCGCUACCCUUGUUCAAAAGGCAGGGUUUCCUCCUGGUGUAAUCAAUAUCAUCAAUGGACAUGGAAAGGAGGCUGGAGAUGCUCUUGUUACUCAUCCUGAUGUUGACAAGAUUGCAUUCACCGGAUCUACUGCUACAGCACGCCAUAUCAUGAAGGGAGCCAGUGUUAACCUCAAGGCUCUUACUCUGGAAACUGGCGGAAAGUCCCCGUUGGUUAUCUUUGAGGAUGCUGACCUGGACCAAGCUGCCAAAUGGGGUCAUUUGGGUAUUAUGUACAACCAGGGUCAAGUUUGCACCUCAACCUCCCGCAUCCUCGUCCACGAAAGCGUUUAUCAAGACUAUGUCGCCCGCUUCAAGAAGAUCACGUUAGAAAACAAAAUCGGAAAUCCAUUUGAGGACGACACAUUCCAGGGACCUCAAGUAACAAGGGCGCAGUAUGACCGUAUCCUGAAGUAUAUUGCCACUGGAAAGUCUGAGGGUGCCAACCUCGUUACAGGAGGUAACCCGCACAAGAACAUCCACGGCAAGGGCUUCUACAUUGAGCCAACGGUAUUUUCCGAUGUAAAGGAGAAUAUGCAGAUUUUCCAAGAGGAGGUCUUUGGUCCGUUCGUUUCCAUCACACCUUUCAAGAGGGAACAAGAAGCUAUCAACCUUGCCAAUGGCACCUGCUACGGCUUGGGAGCAGCUCUAUUCUCUAGAGACAUUGAGCGCUGUCACCGGGUCGCUGCGAGGCUUGAAUCAGGCAUGGUUUGGAUUAACAGCUCUAAUGACUCGGAUAUUCGUGUUCCCUUCGGAGGCGUCAAGCAGAGUGGUGUUGGUCGCGAACUGGGUGAGGCUGGACUGGCUGCAUACUCACAGACUAAGGCUGUUCAUGUGAACCUGGGUACGCUCCUUUAG